AUCUCUUCCUCGUUCUCGGUCCCGAUCGGCGGCGAUGGCGACCAUUUCCAGAGGAGUCCUGCUCAAUCUCGCCGUCCUGGCCCUCCUCUCAACCCUAGCCCUCGCCGAUUCCGACUCCGACCGGGCGGCUGAGCUCUUUGCCCUCCAAUCCCGAUCCAAAUCCGGCGUCAUCCACCUCGACGACCACUCCGUCUCUCGCUUCCUCACCUCCACCACGACCCCCCGGUCCUACUCCCUCCUCGUCUUCUUCGACGCGGCCCAGCUCCACGACAAGUCGGAGCUCCACCUCCAGGACCUCCGCAAGGAGUUCUCCCUCCUCGCCUCCUCCUUCAUCGCCAACAACGCCGAAAACCCUAGCUCCCGGUCCAAGCUCUUCUUCUGCGACCUCGAGUUCAAGGAGUCCCAGUCCACCUUCGGGCAGUUCGGCGUCAACUCGCUCCCCCACAUCCGCCUUGUCGGGCCGGAGGUGAAGAGCCUCAAGGACUCGGAGCAGAUGGACCAAGGGGACAUCUCGCGGAUGGCUGAGUCGAUGUCGGCCUUCAUCGAGUCACGGACGAGGCUCCAUGUUGGCCCGAUCACCCGCCCGCCCCUGCUGUCGAAGAUGCAGAUCAUGAUCAUCUUUACGUUGAUAUUGAUCUGGGUGCCGUUCGCGGCAAAGAAGGUUUUGGCGGGGGAGACGCUUUUGCAUGAUAAGAAAGUGUGGCUCAUUAGUGCCGUGUUUGUUUACUUCUUCAGUGUUGCAGGCACAAUGCAUAACAUUAUUAGGAAGAUGCCCAUGUUUUUAGUGGAUAGGAACGAUCCGUCGAAGCUGGUGUUCUUCUAUCAGGGUUCAGGGAUGCAGCUUGGAGCCGAAGGGUUUGCGGUCGGGUUCCUUUAUACGAUUGUUGGGUUGUUGUUGGCUUUCAUGACGCAUUUGUUGGUGAGAGUGAGGAAUGUGAAUGUCCAGAGGCUGAUCAUGGGCUCGGCUCUUUUGGUAUGUUUCUGGGCUGUGAAGAAGGUGGUGCAACUGGAUAAUUGGAAGACUGGGUAUGGAAUUCAUGGGUUCUGGCCUUCCAGUUGAAAUUGAUUUCACUGGUUUGACCUCUCUUCCUUUUGCACUUUAUGGAUUUUGAUGAUGGAAUCUUACUUGUAGAAUAAUAUUUGGGUUGUCUCUGAGUGUUAGCUUUUAUAGACGGCUAUGGAAUGCUUAAUUACAGAAGGAUUUAGUUCUCAAUUAAGUCUGCUGCCUGUCAUGUCUUAUGAUUAGCUUUCAUACUGCUUAUGUUGGAAUUCAUGUUAAUAUCAAGAGAAAUUGGGCAUCUACGAUGA